AUGAGGCUCGCGCCCCCGUCCCCUCCCCGUCGCGGCCCUAUCCCCUUCCCGUCGCCCCCCCGUCCCCUUUCUGUUGCCUCCCCGUCCCCUUUCCGUCGCCUCCCCGUUGCCUCCCCGUCGCCUUCCCGUCGUCUCCGCGUCGCUCCCGUCGCCUCCCCGUCCCUCCCUUCCCGUUGCCUCUUGUCGCUUCCCCAUUCCCCCCUUCCCGUCGCCUCCACGUCGGCCCCCAGUCGCCUCCCCGUCCCCCCCCCUUCCCGUCGCCUUGUAUUGCCUCCCAUCGCCUCCUCGUCCCCCCCUUUCCAUCGCCUCCGUGUCGCCUCCCGUUGCCUCCCCGUCCCCCCCUUUCCAUCGCCUCUACGUCGCCUCUCGUCGCUUCCCCGUCCCCCCCUUCCCGUCGCCUCCACGUCGCCCCCCCCGUCGUCUCCCUGUUCCCCCCCUUCUCGUCGCCUCCGCGUCGCCUCUGGUUGCCUCCCCCGCCCCCCCCUUUCCGUCGCCCCUUCGUCGCCUCUCGUCGCCACCCGUCCCCCCCCCAUCCCAUCGCCUCCCCGUCCCCCUUUCAACCGCCUCCUGUCGCCCCCACGUCCCACCCCCUUCCCCGUCGACUCCCAUUCACCUCCCGCUGCCCUCCACCCCAUACUGACUGCGGUCCGCCCGUAG